GUUCCCCGCCUGUCUUGUCCCUGUCCCUGUCUCAGCUAUUACCUGACACAUCUGAAAGCAGCUGUGAGUGUGCAGUGGACCACGGGAGGGCUGCCCCCUUCUCUGCUCUUUCACCUGGUCUUGGGGACACUCCACCCAGGGCAGAAAGUGUGGCCAUGUGUGAGUAAGGGGUGUGGAGCUGGAUGACGACAGAGAAACAGGAGGGUGAGUAUGUGCCUCCUCCCAGAGCCUGGACCUGUCCUGUGCCCCGUCCAAACCUUCUAGAACAUGAGCAUUGGCUCAGAGCCUGCAGGCCACCCCAUACAAGCCAUUAACUCUUUCUGCAGAGGCUGGAUAAGAAGGCAGGCUGGCUACCCCACCCAGGUCCUUUCCAUGUCCUCAGAUCCCAGCCCUUUGGUGGAACCCAGGGACCCAGCUGUAUGACACAGCUGCGGUCUCCCAUUAUCAGGGCGCCCCCAUGGGUGGGGCAGCUCCAUUUGCUUAAGGCUUAGCUCAGAGUAGCCUCAGCCCCCAUGACGUCAAACCUGACCCCUUAUAAGAUACAGGGCCCCCAGCCCAUGGUCUCUCAGCAGCCUCCCAGCUCUGACAUGGCUCAGCUGACCAGUGGCCUCUGUUCUUCUUUUGGCUUCAUCUGCUGCCUCUUCUUCCUCCCAGCUUCUUGGGAGGCAGGUGCUGCUACAUUCCAAGAACCUCAGAAGACUGCUGAACCUCCAACAUCUGACCAUCCACUCAUCCUCACUCCAGGCCUUACUCACAGGUCUCCUUCUGCCCAUGCUGAUCGGGACCCAGGACAACAACCUCCAGGCCUCCCUAAGUCUACAACAACCCAGAAGCCCAAAAAACCGUGCAGCACCAGACGCUUUGCCAAACCAGUUCAUAAACCCAUAGACAACUCCAAAGCCACAGAUAACCAAAACACCACUGUUCAUCAUGAAAUGACUCCCCCUAUGGAAAAGAAUGCCAGCAGCCAAAGAAAAGACCGGAAUGGACGCUCAGCCAAUGACCCCACAAAAGCAUCAGAGAGAAGCCAUUCAACCUCAGCACCCAGGAGAAGGACAACUUGUAAGUCCACAACAAGCAAAACCAGAGUAACGAGGAACUCGGGUACACCAGUGAGGCAUACGGAUACCAGCACUAGGCGAAGGACCACCUCACACAAAUCCACAACUCCUUCCCAUGACUCAGCGCUCAGUAGAAAAACCACACCUUCCUCAGGAAACUCAUCAGAAGCUCCAAGGACCUCAUACAGGACUCCAAGGACCCCGGCAACCACAGGAGCUGAAGAUCACAGGACUCCCUUUGCCACAGACAAGCCUGCCCAAAUGACUACAGAACACACCAAAGAGACCACAUCAGCCAGUGACAAGACCAUAGGAACCCAAGUGACUCUGGCAGAUCAUGAGGGAGAGAAUAUAUCAACCAAUGAGAGGACCACCAGGUCCCAAGCAACAGCCACUCAGUCUGAAAGAGCGCCUCCAUCAGCCAGUGAGAGGACCACCAGGCCCCAACCACCAGCCACUCAGUCUGAAGGAGAGCCUCCAUCAGUCAGUGAGAGGCCCACCAGGUCCCAAGCAACAGCCACUCAGUCUGAAAGAGCGCCUCCAUCAGCCAGUGAGAGGACCACCAGGCCCCAACCACCAGCCACUCAGUCUGAAGGAGAGCCUCCAUCAGUCAGUGAGAGGCCCACCAGGUCCCAAGCAACAGCCACUCAGUCUGAAAGAGCGCCUCCAUCAGCCAGUGAGAGGACCACCAGGCCCCAACCACCAGCCACUCAGUCUGAAGGAGAGCCUCCAUCAGUCAGUGAGAGGCCCACCAGGUCCCAAGCAACAGCCACUCAGUCUGAAAGAGCGCCUCCAUCAGCCAGUGAGAGGACCACCAGGCCCCAACCACCAGCCACUCAGUCUGAAGGAGAGCCUCCAUCAGUCAGUGAGAGGCCCACCAGGUCCCAAGCAACAGCCACUCAGUCUGAAAGAGCGCCUCCAUCAGCCAGUGAGAGGACCACCAGGCCCCAACCACCAGCCACUCAGUCUGAAGGAGAGCCUCCAUCAGUCAGUGAGAGGCCCACCAGGUCCCAAGCAACAGCCACUCAGUCUGAAGGAGAGCCUCCAUCAGUCAGUGAGAGGACCACGGGAGCCCAAGUGACGCCUAUAGAACAUGAUACCACACCAGCUGAUGUAAAGACAACACAAGUCUCAGCAAAGUCUACAGAACACACAGAAGAGGCCACACCAAUCACCCAGGAAGCCACACAAGUCUCAGAAAGUCCCACACUAUUCUGGAGGAAAACCACACCGGCCACUAAGACUGUAACAGCUAUAGGAAACCCAGGGAAAACAGUAGCAGUCUUCACAACCACCAGACCUCCAGUCAGGGCCACAGAGGACAAGUCUACUGCUCUCUCUCCUCAUUUCCAUAAAACUGAGACCACACACGGGGAACUCCUUAGCCCUGUGACAACUAGAACAGACCUGGGAUUCAUCACUUCAGGAGCUCACCACCCCCAGCAGAACAGCCACAGCUCACCUGGAAGCCUCCACGCUGCUGGGGCCAGCAGGGAGAGCAAUUCAUUCCCUGCAUGGGCCAUAGUUACUGUGACCCUCUUGGCGGUGAUUGUCCUACUGAUUUGCAUUGGCCUGAUCGUUUUGGUCGCCUGCACAUCAAGAACACGCCGCGUACUGGCCCAGAACUCUGAGGAUUCCGACCCCGAGGACAGAGGGGGCCGCAAUUCCUACCCCGUCUACCUGAUGGAGCAGCAGAACCUGAAACCAAACCAGAUCCCUUCCCCUCCGUGACCUUGAGACCUUCGUCUCCAACUCUUCCAGGCUUCGCCCCUUUCCUGGAAGAUGAAUUCGACUUAGGACUCCAACUUCCUGGACUUAGAAAGGGCAGCAAAAAUUGGCAGAUAACAGCUGCAACCCUCGUCGGCCACGUUUUCUUAACUGACUAGUUGAGGAGCCAGGUGGUAAGGGUGGCAGUGUGCAUUUGGAGGAAAGGGAAGAAAGAGUGAAUAACGCAAGCACUGUCAGCAGAACUGGUGCUGUGAGAACAAGGCCAAGGCGUUUAAUGGACAGCGGGGGCGGGACCAGGACAGGACUCUGAGUUCUGAGAGGCGUGGCCACAUGAGGCAUGAGCACCUCAGAAGACAACACCCCAGAGUGAAGGAGAACCCUGGGAGGCACGAGGAAUGGGGGGCAACGGCUCGGGUUUUAAAACUAAUUUAUAGUAAUUCUGUCCACCCCCACUUAAGGUGCACACU